AUGCAACCUCUGUUGAUGCUCCCAGCAUCCCUUUCGACCCCCAUUCCACCAUGUCAGCAGGCCACAUGUAUCAGCGAUUUCUGGCUCGUCAGCAGCAGCUCCAAAACAUGGAUGAACCUGGGGCCAGCACACACAGCUGAAUGUGUUCCUUCGGGCUGGGAUGUAUCCAGCUAUUUCUCGCCGGGACUAUGUCCUACCGGAUAUCGCAUUGCAGCCAGUAAUAUCGUGAUUGAUGGGACUAUUACCGAGACGGCGGCGAUGUGCUGUCCGACCAUCGGCAUCCAAACAUACUCCACUAGAACCACCUACACCCCCGGCUGGACCGAGCUCGAAGUCUGCACCUGGGAACCCGGCAAAUCCACCGAGAUUGAAUUCGCCUACACCUGGACCGACACGGCCGGAUCUACGAGCAGCACCUCCAGCUCUUUGUCCAGCCCAGGACACAUCAACGGAUACGGUAUUUCUAUCCGAUGGCAGUCGACGGAUUUCACCACCCCGGCAGCCACAUCAACAUCUACAAGAUCAUCCGGGGAUUUACCUGCGACUGCUACCUCUUCCACAACAUCACCCACGUCCACCUCAUCCAGCAGCUCAUCAGGCCUCUCGACCGGAGCAAAAGCAGGUAUUGGCGUCGGUGUCGCAGCGGGUGCGGUGCUGGCUAUAAGUCUCUUACUCUUCUUCCUGCGCCGACGGAAAGUGAACGCCUCGUCUGCAAAUCAUCAGGCUUAUCAAUCACCGGACCAGGGAUAUAGGGUACAGAGAGUGAAUGAGCUGCCUGCGACGAGGACAGGGGCGUUCAUGACAGAGCAGGUGGAAUUGCCGGCCUCAGGAAGGGAUAUGAAGGCAGAGUUGCCUUCGGAGUUUCCUAUCGCUGAGUUGGAUGGUGGAGGGAGAAAUUGA